UGCCUCCGUCCGUCGCCUAGCUUCUUGAAGUAGUGAAUCAUGGUGUCACGCGGAAAAAAGAGUAAAAGGAAACUGAAGGAUAAGGUGAUGGUGAUACUGAUGGACCCCCGCCUUCUACCCCAAAGUGGACAGCUUCACAAAGGGAGAGAAUAGAUGACAAAGACCUGAAAGUGGACUCUCACUCUCUUAUUCACAGAAGGUGCCUAGUGGAGAUCCCAAGUACCACUCUGCUUCUACCUUCAGUGGGUCCAAGCAGCCAGAGAACGCCACCUUUUAUUUUACGAUAAAGAAAGUUGAAAAGCACCCACAAUACAAACUGCCCAGCAGCCAUUACAUCACUGCUAUCUACCUUUUUUUUUUAUUUAUUUAAAUUGUUUCUUUUUGUUCAUCCAAUCUAUCUACCACUUUCAAAACUCUGUUUCUUCUCUUGUAAAAUGGGAUGCUCUGGAUCCUCACUGGCCAAUGGAGAUGAGCGUAAAAAGAAAAUCCGGAAGCCAAAACCAUGGAAGCAUUCUGAGCCAAUCACAAGGACACAACUACUGCAGAUGCGUGAGGAGUUUUGGGAUACUGCUCCUCAUUAUGGUGGGCAGAAAGAGAUAUGGGACGCACUUCAUGCUGCUGCUGAAGCUGAUUUAACUCUUGCACAAGCAAUUGUGGACAGUGCUGGUGUGAUUAUUCAGAGUGAAGACUUGACAAUCUGCUAUGAUGAGAGAGGUGCAAAGUAUGAACUUCCAAAUUAUGUCUUGAGUGAGCCAAAAAAUUUGAUUAAAGAUAAUUGAAAAUGGGGCAAAUGAACGCAAUGCUCCAUUUACGGUAUAUCUUGUAAAAAUUGUCUCAUUUUCAUUUUACUUCUGAAAUGUCUUCCAAUUGAAAUUUGUAUGGGCCAUCAUUCAUGUAACAUUCAAAAUGUCAGCCUACUAUUGUGACUUGUGACAUUGUGACUC